UUGUCAGUCGCACGUGCCCAUCUCCAAACUCGCAACCUCCCCGACCCCGAGUCGAUGCAGAACAGGCGGCGAUCUCGUCCGGUGGUACCUACUCCGAUGGCUCGCGUCCGCCACCGCCAUCUCCUCUUGCUCGUCGCCGCCGUCGCCGCCGCCGCCUCCGCGCUCCUCCCGUGCGCCUCCGCGGUCCGCCCGUUCGUGCUCGUCCUCUCCCGUGACGACUUCCUCAAGGACACCGCCGGCGCGCAUCCCUCCCUCCCAUCAGCCGACGCCGACUCCGACGAGUGGGACGACUUCGACGACGAGUCCCCCGCCACCGACCCCCUCCUCUCCCCGUCCUCCUGGGUCCCCCUCCUCGACCCCGCCAGCGCCUCCCCUUCGGGCGACGAGCCGGACUCGCCGUCCGAUGCGCUCUUCGUCGCUGGCGUGCGGGCGAUGCUCUCCGCGGCCUCGGCGGGGGAUGACGCGGCGUUCGCCACCGCAGCGGCGCAGAUCGAGGCCGCAGCUACGGGGGGGCACCCCGGCGCGCAGUCCGCUCUCGCGUUCCUCUCCGGCGCAGGGAUGACGCGCCCGGCGUCCCGCUCGCGCGCCUUCCUGCUUCACAAAUUCGCCGCCGACGCAGGAGACCUCCAGUCUAAGAUGGCUCUCGCCUACUCCUUCUUCCGCCAGGAGAUGUAUGAAGAAGCAGUCACACUUUAUGCUGAACUUGCAGAGGCUGCGCUUACAAGCUCCUUGAUCUCGAAGGAGCCUCCAGUGAUUGAACCAGUCAGGUUACACAGUGGGACCGAAGAAAACAAGGAAGCCUUGAGGAAGUCUCGAGGCGAGGAUGAUGAAGAUUUUCAAAUCACAGAGUACCAGGCACAACGAGGCAAUACUGUUGCAAUGCACAAAUUAGGGCUUCUGUAUUACUAUGGCCUACGAGGAGUUAGACGUGAUUAUGGGAAAGCAUAUCAUUGGUUUUCAAAGGCUGUGGAGAAAGGCGAUACACGGGCAAUGGAGCUUCUCGGAGAGAUCUAUGCUAGAGGUGCUGGAGUUGAAAGGAACUACACUGAAGCAUACAAGUGGUUGACACUUGCAGCAAAGCAGCAACAAUACUCAGCUUACAAUGGACUGGGUUAUCUCUAUGUCAAAGGUUAUGGGGUUGAGAAGAAAAACUUGACAAAAGCAAAGGAAUUUUUUGAAAUUGCAGCUGAGCAUAAGGAACAUGGGGGUUAUUAUAACCUUGGCGUCUUGUAUCUCAAGGGUAUUGGAGUAAAGAGGGAUGUGAUGACAGCAUGCAAUUUCUUUCUUCGAGCAGUUAAUGCUGGGCAACCAAAAGCUAUUUAUCAAGUGGCAAAGUUGUUCCAGAAAGGUGUUGGUCUUAAGAGGAAUCUCCAAAUGGCGGCAGUGAUGUACAAAUCUGUUGCUGAGAGGGGCCCCUGGAGCUCACUUUCUAGAUGGGCUCUGGAAUCUUAUUUGAAAGGUGACAUAGGGAAAGCAUUACUCCUGUAUUCUAGAAUGGCGGAUCUUGGAUAUGAGGUUGCACAAAGCAAUGCUGCCUGGAUUCUUGAUAGGUAUGGCGAUGAAAGUAUUUGCAUGGGAGAAUCUGGCUUCUGUACAGAUAUGGAAAGACAUCUCCGUGCACAUGCUCUGUGGUGGCAAGCAUCCGAGCAGGGUAACGAACAUGCUGCCUUGUUAAUUGGUGACGCCUACUACUAUGGCCGGGGUGUUGGCAGGGAUUACGAGCGUGCAGCCGAGGCAUAUAUGCAUGCGCAAUCACAAUCUAAUGCUCAGGCCAUGUUUAACCUUGGUUAUAUGCAUGAGCAUGGCCAUGGACUUCCCCUUGACUUGCACCUGGCAAAAAGAUAUUAUGAUCAGGCUGUUGAGGUGGAUCCAGCAGCUAAGCUCCCUGUCAUGCUUGCACUAACAAGUUUAUGGAUAAGGAAGAACUAUGAUGGAAGCUUUUUGGUUCAUUUUAUUGAUUCACUGCCGGAGGUAUAUCCUGUAGUUGAGGAAUGGGUGGAGGAUGUUCUUAUGGAUGAGGGGAACGCAACAAUAUUUACUCUCUUCGCUUGCCUUGUAACUGUCCUAUAUUUGCGAGAGCGUCAGAGGCGUCAAGCUGCGGCCGCCAACCCUCAACAGCCUGAUGGUGCACCCAUCUAAUUUCAACCUUUGCAUCAUGAUGCUGGGAUUGAAGUGGACGUUAAGCUUGAGGUACAUAGUCAUUUAUUCUCAGCCAUAUCAUACCAUCAAAGUUUUGUUUGAUGUCUGAAGUGUUAAUGGAAUGACAACGUCCAUACUGUCAUACUGGAAAAGCGGGUCCUUCAACUGCAAAAUGCUGAUGGCUUUCUGAGGUUAAAAAUCGGGGUUUAAAAUGAUAGCUCUCCUUGACAUCUAUGUACACUAAAAUUGACUAGGAUAAGAACUGAUCAUGACUGUUGGAUAUUGAGAUCAUGUUGUGGGUUCUAACAGAGUAGUGCUUGUAAGUAACGACGGUUGUUCAAGAAAA